AUUAAAUUUGACAGUUGUUUGAGGCACAACCAAAGGCCAUAAAGUGGUUAAAUUGCAACUUCCGCCAGUUAAUUGCGCCUUAAUUUGAGUUCCCUGCAGUUUAUCAAGCGUUUGUUUGCAUUUUCUCACGAUUCGAGUGCAUUGUGCGGUGUUUGUGGCCGCGCCCAGUUUUCGUGCUAGUGUGUUCGUAAUACUCUGCCACCAUAGGCCUAUCAGACACAGCUUUAAUGGACAUGGUUGUCUCAAAUCUGCAACAACAACGCGCCGUGACCGAGCAGCUUAGGCGCGAGGCUGCGAUCAAACGGUUGCCGGUGUCUGUCGCAGUGGCCGAUAUCAUCAAGUACAUCACCGAACAUGAGCAAGACGACUGCCUCCUUGUGGGGUUCUCGAGCCAGCGGGUCAACCCCUUCAGGGAGAAGGCCCCCUGCACCCUGUUAUAGGCCCUGAGUGGUGGGUGUUUAUACGUGUAAGAGCUUUUGUCUUCUUGUACUGCUAUGUAAUCUAAGUUUGUAAUCUGCUCUACUAAUAAAUUAUUGUAAAGA